AUGCUAUCGACACUUGCAAAUACACAUACCGAACGUAUGGCCCCAAUAAUGUACAGGGCCAUAUUAAAUGAAUGCAGCUACAGUUAUAAUGGACUACAUACUCAUCGAUACGCUUCAACAUCUACUAUGACCAAACCUGAGACUAAAAACGAAAGUUUAAAUAAACCAGAGACGAAGUUCCUUUUUCCGGAUGCUAUUAAGCCAGAGGAACUUCCUAAAGCAAGAAAUACACGCCUUGUUUCCAUGAGAGAUUUCAAACACAUGGCAGAAGGUAAAUUCCUUACCAAACCGAUGUUCAAGCAUCCAGUUUGGACAAGUGAAGAGAUGGAAGGUAUCUAUUACACACAUAGGAAGUGUAAAACAUUGGAUGACUAUAUUACUUUCUACUUUAUGAGAGUGUUGAGGAAUUCGUUCGAUUUCUGUACCGGCUACCUUGAGCCAAAAGACAAGCAGGAUCAAAUUAGAAUAGCCAAAAGUAAGAGAAGAAUGACUAGAGAAAAGUGGUUGACCCGUUUCAUUGUUCUUGAAAGCAUUGCUGGUAUUCCAGGAUCGGUUGCCGGAUUCUUGAGGCAUCUUCAAUCUAUUCGUCUCAUGAGAAGAGACAAGGCAUUCAUUGAAACAUUGUUGGAUGAGGCUUAUAAUGAGAGGAUGCAUUUGCUCACAUUUAUGAAGCUGGGAAAACCUGGCCGCUUUGCUAGAUUGAUGCUUUGGUUUGGUCAGGGUAUCUUUGCCAACCUCUUCUUUCUUACAUACAUAAUUCGACCAAAGAUCUGUCACAGAUUUGUCGGGUACUUGGAAGAAGAAGCAGUCCUUACUUACACAAGAUGCUUGCAAGAUAUGAGGAUGGGACUGAAUCCACAAUUGUAUCAUACUGGUAUUCCCCAGAUAGCCAAAGAUUACUGGCAUUUAACCAAUAAAGAUACAUUUUACGAUAUGAUUCUUUACAUCAGAGCUGACGAGGCCAAACACAGAGAAGUUAACCACACCUUUGCCAAUUUGAAGUUAAGACAGGACAGAAAUCCUUUCGCUAAAGAUGUUCCAAAUGAUCCAAGACCACAACCUCUUUCAGACACAUUGAAAACGCAUAGAGGUACCGGCUGGGACCGCAAAGAUCUUAUAUUAUGA